AUACCAACCCCGCCAUGCAUUUCUCUCUUCAAGGUCUGGUCCUGGGUGCUCCCGAAGCCUGCAGCCAGUCCCCUUCUUCGCAGCCCAGCCGUGGCCUCCUGCCCUGUGCAGCCCAGCAGCCGCAGCCGCCCCAGCAGCCGCCGCCACAGCCCCAAGGGCUUCCACCCGCAGCCCCGCAGCAGCCGGCCAUGAGCAACCACUUGAUGUCCCAGCCGGUCCCAGCGCUGCAGCCUGUUCAAUAUUCUCCAAGCUCCUGCCCCCAAGUCCUCUUGCCAGUCUCUCCACCCCAGCAGUACAACUUGGCCGACGAGCUCAGCACCCCCUUCGGGCAGAUCAGCCUCAGCCGACAGGGCUCUACAGAAGCACCAGAUCCUUCCUCAGCUAUGUUCCAGUCAUCCCUCAUCUCUCAGCAUCCUCAGCAGACGGGAUUCAUCAUGGCAACCCCUGGGCAGCCCAUUCCCACCUCCAACUACUCCGCCUCAGGGCAUACGGCCCCCACACAGCAGGUGCUGCAGCCCCAGGGCUACAUCCAGCCUCCACAGCAAAUUCAGGUUUCUUACUACCCUCCUGGGCAGUACCCGAACUCCAGCCAGCAAUACCGAUCUCUCAGUCACCCAGUGGCCUACAGCUCCCAGCGCACUCAGCAGCUCCCCCAGCAGUCCCAGCAGCCUGGUUUACAGCCAAUGAUGUCCAACCAGCAGCAAACGUACCAAGGUGUGAUGGGGGUGCAGCAGGCGCAGCCCCCCGGGCUCCUCAACAGCCAGAGGAGCAGCAUGGGGGGCCAGAUGCAGAGUAUGAUGGGGGUGCAGCAGGCGCAGCCCCCUGGCCUUCUCAGCAGCCAGAGGAGCAGCAUGGGAAGCCAGAUGCAAGGCUUGAUGGUCCAGUACACUCCACUGCCUUCGUACCAGGUUCCUGUGGCCAACGAGUCCCAGAGUGUGGUCCAGCAGCCCUUCCAGCAGCCAGUGCUUGUACCGGCCAGCCAGUCUGUGCAGGGGGGGCUGCAGGCUGGGGGGGUCCCCAUCUACUACAGCGUCAUCCCGACCGCCCAGCAGAACGGCACCAGCCCAUCGGUGGGGUUCCUGCAGCCGCCUGGCUCUGAGCAGUACCAGAUGCCGCAGUCCCCAUCACCCUGCAGCCCACCGCAGAUGCAGCAGCAGUAUUCAGGGGUGUCCCCGUCCGGCCCUGGCGUGGUUGUGAUGCAGCUGAAUGUGCCCAACGGCCCCCAGGCCCCCCAAAACACCCCUGUGGUGCAGUGGAGCCACUGUAAGUACUACAGCCUGGAGCAGCGGGGGCAGAAGCCAGGAGACCUGUACAACCCAGACACCAGUGCUCAGGCCAGCACCCAGCUGAACAGCCCCAUCACCUCCCCAACCCAAUCCCCGACGCCGUCUCCUGUCACCAACCUCAACAGCGUCUGCACGGGGCUGAGCCCCCUCCCUGUCCUCACGCAGUUCCCCCGGCCCAUGGGCACGGCACAAGGUGACGGGCGCUACUCCUUGCUGGGCCAGCCGCUGCAGUAUAACCUGUCCAUCUGUCCCCCGCCACUGCUGCACAACCAGCCCAACUACAAUGCACACCAGGGGCAAACUGGAAUGAAGCACGGAAACCGGAGCAAGAGACAGGCCCUGAAGUCAGCAUCCACUGACCUCGGGACAAGCGAUGUAGGCAAGUGCCCCUCCUUGAACCCCUUUGCCCUCUGA